CCAAACAGCCGCAAAAUGACUGGACUGUCGACGGCCAGCGCCGACGAGCAAGGAGAGGAAAGAAUGCUGAAGCAGACAGCAGUAGUAGCAAGUCAAAGGAGGCCGAAGAGGCGAACGAAAGAGAAGAGGAAGAUGGUGGCGCCGAUGGAUCCGAUGCUGUGGCACAAGGUGGCUGCCGUCUCCGGGAUCGCUGCUUUGGGGCUCGGCACCUACGGCGCGCACAUGUUCCGCCCCAAGAACCCCGCGUACAAAGAGGUUUGGCACACCGCGUCCCUGUACCAUCUCGUCCACACCGCCGCGCUGCUCGGGGCGCCCAUCACCAAGCGCCCCAACGUCUUCGGAGGGCUCCUAACUGCUGGAAUCGUGCUCUUUUCUGGAACGUGCUACACCGUGGCUUAUCUUGAAGACAGGAAGCUUUCUUCACCGGCACCAUUGGGUGGCUUUGCCUUCAUAGCUGCUUGGGCCAGCCUCCUCUUCUGAUUAAAUUGUGCUUUUCCAAGAAAACAAAUAAAAAUCAUAAACCUCUGUAUUUGGUGCUUUAUUUGGUUAUAUGAAAAUUGUACUUGUACACUGUACAGAAUGCACCUGUGGUUAAUAAUUCAAUCUGUGAUCUUGUGUUUCUACCAAA